CAGCAUGGGGUGUGUAGUUUCACUUUCCUUCUCGCCUACAUCUCCCAGCGACUUCCAGCUUUCACCCAGCUCCUUUAUUUUAUAAAUUGCAUCCUAAUGCCUUCCUAAAUCUACACAUUUACCUGCUUCGCUCUCCGGUGAUCUCUUGGAAGAAAGUAUUGCAGCAUUGGAUGCGCAUGUGAAGCGCCUGACUGUGCAACUUUCCUUUGUACUAAAUAAAAAGCGAGUAAAUCCAGUCCCCCAGGAUCCUUUAUGAGAGACCGGAUUGCAGGGAUGGUAAGCAAACCCUGUCUUCAGAUAUAGUGUGGAUUUGUGUGGGGCUUGUGUCGUUGGGAGCGGAUCAUGGAGCUCCGGGAGUCACCGGCGGACGCGCAGCAGCAGCUGACCGCUGACGGGACGCAUGAGAGCCGCAUGGACGAGUACCUGCGCUCGCAGGGCUUCUACCGCAAAAAGAUCGCCAAGGAUGGGUCAUGUCUGUUCAGGGCCGUGGCAGAACAGGUGUUGCACUGUCAGGGUUCACACACACAAGUGCGAGCGGCCUGUGUGAAUUAUCUCAGACAGAACCGAUCGACCUACGAGCUGUUCAUUGAAGGCAAUUUUGAGAAAUACCUGGAGAACUUACAGGACCCUCAGAGCUGGGUUGGACAGGUGGAGAUCACAGCUUUGGCUGAGCUCUACAAGCAUGAUUUUGUUAUUUUCCAGGAGCCUGGUCAACCCCCAGUUAACAUCACCGAGAAUGGCUUCACUAAAAAGGUGCGAUUGUGCUUCCUCAACGGAAACCAUUAUGACAGCGUUUACCCACAAACUUUUGAGAAAAGUGCUGCUGUGUGUCAAUCGAUCCUGUAUGAGCUGCUGUAUGAUCGAGUGUGUGGCGUCGAACGCAGUGCUUUAGGUCCGUGUAUGAGAGGAGGGAAAGGACGAGAGAAGGAUUCAGAGGAAUGCAAGAGCAGUGAGGAGUCUGACCUGGAGGAAGAUGAAUUCUGGUCCAGUGAACCCAGAGAAAAGCCAGCCAAUGGGAUGAACCCCAGACCGCCGCAGAGGGGUCGUGGGAGGGGCCACACUCGAGGAAGGGGGCGUGACCUUCUCUCCACAAAGGCUCAAAAGUCCCUAAACCCCGCCCUCUACAGGAACGUGGAGUAUGACGUGUGGCUCCGUUCUAAACGAAUUCAGCAGCAGCGGGAUUUCUGCAUGGCCGCAGGGAUGCAGUACUCUGUCGGAGAUAAGUGCAAGGUGCAGCUGAAUAAUCGCUUCUAUAAUGCUUACGUACAGGAAGUCAGUCCUGACAAUGGCCCAGUCACUGUGUUUAUUGGGGAACUCAACAAACAAGAAACUGUGCCAUUGUUGAGUUUGCGUCUUCCCUCUGAAGAGACUCAGUUAUGGGAGACGGCAGAAAAGGGCAAAAGACAUGGUGCACCAAACAACAGCACACAGGCAUCGUCCGAUUGGGAGAGCAGAGGAAGUCGGAGAUCAAACAAAAUGCAAUCUCAGUCGGCUCCCAGCGGUCGUGUGCAUAAGCAACACUCCUGGCCUCCGCAGGCCACCUCAGAUGACACAAAAACCAAAUUCAGACGGUCCGAUCAGCGCAGCAGUCCUGUGUGUGCGCUUCCAGAAGAGGAUAGCGCCAUUUUGGAGCUUCUGCAUAAAGACGAGCACAACUUCCCCUCACUGGGAACAAGCCCUCAAACGGCCACUGCUAGUGAAGUCAUAAAGAAAGGAGGGGACAAGAGAGGCUCCCGGAAGAAGGACCAAAAAGAGCAUAUCUCAGAGACGGAAGCACCCCAGAGGCUUGUACAGAGACAGAAGAGCGCCACUGAAGAAAAACAAGGGAUAAAGGUUUCUGAGGAACCAGAGCAGAAAGCUUCAUCAACAAUUAAAGAGAAAGUACAAGAGAAACCCAUCCCUGCUUUUCCUUCUCCACCUCCUGUUGUUAUUGUCUCGUCUGACCCCAAAAAAGCUCCAUCUUCAUCUCCGUCUGAAUCUGCUAAAGUUUGUUCUAAUCAGUCUGCUCCUGAGGCAAUUAAAAAGACCCCUAUCCCACCGAAGGCUGGCUCUGCUCGAAGCCCAGACAGCAGUCGGUUUGCUCCGGUGUCCACCUCGGACCCAUCACAGUCCAUCUCUGUGGCCACUCCUGCAACUAUUCAAUCUGUGCCUGCACUGAAACCCUCAUCACAAAAUGUCCCAGUGCAUACCGUAGUGCUGCCCAUUCCUGAUCUUAAUUCCCAGACCACUCAAACACCAUCUCAAAUCACUCCUGUCCAAGUACCUGCUGCAAUCCCAACUCAAACUACUCUGGCGCCUUCUGGCUUAAUCCCACGUGCCUCUGUUGAACCAACCUCGUCCAUUCCACCAUGUGUCCCAGCCUCUGCAAUACCCGUUUCUGCCCCAGCUCGGGUUCCUGCCCCUAUGUUGGACGCCUUGGAUCCAUCUUCUACCACCCUUCCCAUUAAUGGAAGCAGUGGUCCACCAAUUGAUGAAAAAACUGUAGACCCUCAUACUACUGUGCCACAAAUCCCUCUUUCCCAUGACCCUCCCACCUCCAUCUCUACCUCUUCUGGUCCUGCCCUUGCUCCACCUCCAGACUUGCCUCAGUCCUCAUUCAACUCCUCACAUCCACCACCCUGUGAUACAGCCAUGCCAGCUUCUGGUGUAGCACCUGCUCCUGAGCUCCCAUCUCAACCCCAACAACUCCCCAAUCCUCAUGUCCAAUGGUCUCAGCUCCUUCAGGACCCAGUUUAUCCAGGAUUCCCCAAAAACGAGAAGGGAGAGGUGGAACCGCUGCCCCCCUAUUCCUUCUCCCAAAAAGGAGAAGACUUGCCUAAAGAUAUAAAUAUCCUCCGGUUCUUCUUCAACCUCGGUGUCAAGGCAUACUCUCAGCCGAUGUUUCCUCCCAUCGUUUAUCUUGGUGCACUAAACCAAGCCUAUAAGAUGCAACUUAGAGGGCCUCCUCCUUCCUCGGACUCUCCUGCUAACACCACCAUGAAUUCAUGGCAACACGAAAACCCUUCUUCUCCUCAGAAUUUAAGCUCCAUCCCUGACACCUCAUUGGACAGCCAUGCUCCCGUUGCACCUGUAGCAUCUGGUAGCGGCGGCCAUGUUGGACCCAUAGAUUUGGGAGCGUACAGUGAUCAUCCUGUAUCCAUUCCAAUGCCGCUGCCACCAAGGCCAACAAUGUCCUGGCCAGCUUCCUCUGGUCCAAGUUCCUAUGUGGGGUCGUACCCUCCAGUGCAGUUUUCAGCAUCAUCCUAUCCACCCCCUGGGAAUCCGAUGUAUCCGCCAUCAUCUGUUGGGUACCACCAUAUGCCAUUUCCAAUGCAUCUUGAAGCAUUAAACCAUGGCCCUCAUGGUCGGAUGGAUUUCUUGCCAUUCGUUCCUCCAUCAGUGGACAGAGGUCAAGGGAAUGGCCAGAGGUCUGUGAACCCCCAGUUUGGGACCUUGCAGAAGACCGCUGGCUUUCCAGGAGCCCAACCUCAUUUGAGUGGUGGUGAUUACAAGCCUUUAGACAUCCCCGUUUCAGUAGCCACGAGGGAACCUCCACCCUUCAGUGGACAUUAUCCUGUCAUGCAACCUUUUCAGAUUGGCCCACUGCAAGGAGACAUGGCAGGAUUUAACCCUUUAACCAAUGGGAGCUUAGGAAAACAAGGAGGAGUCUUCCCAAAGAGCCUUCAUGCUGGUCAAAUCCCUGAAGACCCUUCUCGCUCCAUUAACCCUUAUUCUUCUGAAGAUAAGUGGUUGGUGGAAGAGAUGGAGUUUCACAAUGUGGAUCUCCACAACACUCCUUCCUUUUAUAGCCAGUCCUACAGAGGUGGAGGAAGACGUGGCCAAGAUGAUAGAGGAGGAUAUCGAGGCAGGAGCCAUCGUGGCUGGAAAGAUUAUUCUGGCCGAGGCAGACCAGAUGAACAGUCUUUCUACAGAAAUUAUGUGAGACGAGGUGCAGGACCAAGAGUAGAUGCGCAGUUGCCAUAUAUAUGAUGCUGAAAUGCUGGAUAUACACCUUUUUUUUUUUUUGGUUUACGAUAUCAGAUACACACUUUUUUUUUGAGUUUCUGGUAAAUUAUGUCGAUUGGUAAUCGAUACAAUGCUUUUAACAGUUUUCUGCCAUUUUUGCUCCCCACAUUCUUGAUUAAAAUUAAAGUAACCGUUUCACCUGUUCAUGUUUCACUAAACCCCAAAUGUAACUGUGUUUGUACAGGAAAUAAAACAUAAUAAUUGGUUUUUGUUGUACUCCCCUUACAUGCACAGCAAAAGUUAAAAAAAAAUAUAUUGGUUUUAUAUUGAUUUUAAUGUGUGCAUCCUUUCAAAUCUUUAAUUGGCUAUUUUUUUAGACUGGUUCUCAGAGGACUGUUUUCCUGAAAAACUUGUAAACAAUUCAGAUGAAUUAAUGUUUUAAUCUCAGCGGACACCGGAAAGUGCCUUUGUGUCAAAUUUAGCUUUUACUAUUUUUUGAAAAUUUGGUUUUGAUCAAGUUUCUCACUGCACCUUUAUUGCGCUCAUCAACCACUUAAUGAAAGUUGGUGCCAAAUCCCUGUAAUAAAUGAAAUUUCUGGUCCGAAGAUAUGGUUUUAACACCAAACAAAUUAAAGAUUAAGAAUAUAUUUUCUCAGUUAUUGUUAUUCUAUUUCGACAAAAAGCUUAAGAAUCUAUUGUCUUUCCAUUUUACAGUUGAAGUUCCCUUUAAUUAAUACACAGACAUGCUGCAUUACUGGACUAUAUAUAUUCCUCAGAGCCUUGUUUUCAUCUCAAAUACACGCUCUUAUCAGAGGAAAUAAAAUGCAUACAGAAAGAUGUAGUUUUGACAGCAAAUACAAGCCAAUUAAUAUCUUCCUCAGUUGCAGUCUUUCCAUUUAGAGUCAGUUUAUUCCAAAACGAUCUCACUACACCGACGCGUCACCCGAUAUAAUUGAUGCAACAGGGUUUGAGUAGCUAGUAGUGCGUUUAAAAUCAGUUUCAGUUGCAUUCUUACAAGACUGCCAAAGGCAAAUGCCUACUCUUGAGAAAUCCGGUUAUUUAAUAUGUAACAUCAUGCAACAUGAUUAAAAUAUUUCAUUCAAAAUAUACAGUUGCAUGUUUGGCGUGUGUAAAUCGUUUCGCACCACUCUGACCAGAAAGAACUUAAAUUGUUAAUUACGAUAAUUCACCCAAAAACAUACAUCUUUCAAGGUUUUAUUUUUAAAUAACGUCCUCUCCUCAUCUCAGAGGAUCCAUGUUGUUGU